AAGUAUGCUUACCUCCAAGUAUGUGUUGCAUAAUCGGAGUCUUAGAUGACGUCGUUGUUGUUUAUUUGACUUAGAGAUGAUUUUCGGUAUGGUAGUUUUAUGAUGGAGUUUACGUACCUGUUGUUGUGCACUACGCUUUAAUUGCUUACUUACAGUGGAGGACCAUGAUUUGGCCCCCCAAAAAUCGCCUGAGAUAAGGUACAGUAGGAGAUUAGUUUGGCUUUGCGUAUGUAAAUCUCGGUUCAAAUUAUUUAAAAGCAUAAGCCUUUGGAGUUUUGAUUCCAUUCAGUGAAUAAUAUCGCGACCGACGAGCGCUCAGGUCCGUUCGUGUACCCAUCGAUACACACAACACUUAUGUCCAAAGAAACCGAGGAUUUUGCAGCAGCGACGAAUAGAAGAGAAGUAAAACCGUAAGCGCACAGAUAUGACGACUGACGAGGGACAAUCGAAGAUGAGACGUUUCGUCUACGACAAAUUCCGGAUCCUGCAUUGGCUUCCACAAUACAACAGGACAGCCUUCUUUUCAGACAUGAUCGCUGGUAUAACCGUCGGACUAACUAUGAUGCCCCAGUCGAUAGCAUACGCUUCUAUUGCCGAGCUUCCGCCGCAUUACGGACUCUACACCGCCAUUAUGGGAUCAUUCGUCUACAUAUUCUUCGGCACCAUCAAGCAAGUGUCCAUCGGACCCAGUAGCCUUAUGUCUUUGCUCACUUUCUCUUACCUAAAUGGUAUGGGCAUUGAUUAUAUUGUCCUGCUGACUUUCUUGGCCGGUUGCGUCGAGCUGCUGAUGGGCAUCUUCAAUUUAGGAUUCCUGGUGGACUUUAUAUCUGCUCCGGUAACGUCAGGCUUCACUUCGGCCACGUCAGUCAUCAUCAUAUUGGCACAAUUAAAAAAUAUUCUAGGCAUCAAGUUCACUAGUGUUGGCAUUUUCAAUCUGAUGCGGGAGUUGUUUGCCCAUCUGAAAUAUGCUAAACUGUCCGACACCUGUUUAGGUGUGGGUUCAAUGACGGUAUUGCUAAGUAUCAAAUAUAUCAGCCAGAUCGAUUUCAAGAAUCAAACGCUGAAGAAGGCCAUAUGGUAUCUAGCAAUUUGCAGGAAUGCGCUCGUCGUCCUCUUUGGGUGUAUUAUUGCAUUCCUUUUCGAGUACAAUACGGGGGAGCAGCCAUUCGUCAUCGCCGGCAAAAUUACACCGGGUCUUCCGGAAUUCAAGUUACCCAAUUUCAGUACUACAAACGGUAACGAGACGGUAUCCUUUGUGGAAAUGAUCAAUACUCUGGGUUCAAGUAUAAUCGUUCUGCCAAUCGUCGCUGUUCUUGCCAACGUAGCAAUCGCUAAAUCGUUCUCUGACGGAAGCGUAUUUCAAGCAACCCAAGAGAUGAUGACUUUAGGUAUAUCCAAUAUCUUGGGCUCGUUCGUAGGCGCUAUGCCCACAACGGGCGCAUUUACAAGAUCAGCUGUGAAUAACGCUAGCAACGUUCAAACGCCCAUGGGAGGUCUAUACGCAGGAACCAUGAUUCUACUGGCACUCAGCUUCCUGACACCCUAUUUCUAUUUUAUCCCGAAACCAUCGAUUGCGGCAGUUCUCAUUUGUGCCGUUAUGUUCAUGGUCGAAUAUUGGGAAAUUCCUAAGCUUUGGAGAUGCAACAAAUUUGACUGCUUUAUUUGUUUGGUCACUUUCUGUUCGAGCCUGUACUUAGGUGUCGAGGUCGGCUUAGCGAUUGGGGUCUUCCUGAACAUCAUUCCAAUGAUCAAAAUAUGGACAAGGCCUGAGAUACACACAGAUAUAAAAUCAAACGGAAAAGGAAAUGAGUAUUUACUGGUGAAACCGGAACUGGGCCUGUUCUUCCCAUCCGUCAACUACAUGACAGACACUUUGAUGACGCUCUCCGUAAAAUACGAUUCCAUGCCAAUUGUAUUGGAUCUGAAGAAUCUUGUUCGAAUCGACUACACCGGUUGCCAAAUGCUUGCUGCUGCGAUUAAGACAUUCAAGAAUAAAUCUCGUCAAUUGGUGUUCCUGAAUUUGAAGCCCAACGUAUUCAAAGCGCUGAAGUCAGUAGUAGACGUUGAUGAAACGGACAUCCGCACUUCAAUCACCGACGAUGAUAUCUUCCAGAAUGAAUCAGCCAUUCCUUUGCUGCAGAAUGAAAUGAUUAUAUACCACAACGAAGAAAAUGAAAAGAGGAAAUCGGUUUACGAAAACGUAUAAUUUUUAUAUGCAUAUUUAAAAUAUUUUU